AAAGGAUAAAUUAAUUAUCCACAAGGACAAUCUGUAUGGGCAGUAACGAGGAAGGAUGGGUCAGUAUAUAUGUACCUUGAUCAUUGUUAUUAGAAUAAAAAAUUUCAUAACCAAUAUUUCUCUUGGUAAAAUUGAAGUAGAGAAGAAAGGCUGUGUUAAAUACUGGGAACUAUAGAGAAUAGGAAAGAAUAGACAGGCUGUUCAUACAUGAAUUUCUCAAAUUACCAUCCCUGAUGUUGAUCGUUGCCAAGAGAAAUUAUUGAACUGUUCUCCGAUGAAUCGGACCAGCCAGUUCUGUCAUGGGUUGUUUCCAUGAUGAUAUUUGAUAAUUCUUUUCAUUUUGUAAAGUCAUGGGUUGUUCCCAUUAUAAUUUACAGUACUAAUUUUUUUUUAAAUUUUAAGCCAAUAAUUUAAUGGGCCAUUUCCAUGACUAUCUAAUCAUUCUCAUUUAGAGAACCUACAUGGGUUCUUUCUAUGUUUCUAAUACUUCUCUACACCAUCAUGGGAUGGUAAAGGAUAACUUCCUCUGGUGCCUUUGUGGGUUGUUUCCAUGAUGGUAUCUGCUAAUUCUCUUCCCCUGGUGCCUUCAUGGGUUGUUUCGAUGAUGGUAUCUGAUAAUUCUCAUCCUCUGGUACCUUCAUGGGUUGUUUCCAUGAUGGUAUCUGCCAAUUCUCUUCCUCUGGUGCCUUCAUGGGUUGUUUCCAUGAUGGUAUCUGCUAAUUCUCUUCCUCUGGUGCUAUCAUGGGCUGUUUCCAUGAUGGUAUCUGCCAAUUCUCUUCCUCUGGUGCUAUCAUGGGUUGUUUCCAUGAUGGUAUCUGAUAAUCCUCUUCCUCUGGUGCUGUCAUGGACUGUUUCCAUGAUGGUAUCUGCCAAUCCUCUUCCUCUGGUGCUGUCAUGGACUGUUUCCAUGAUGGUAUCUGCCAAUUCUCUUCCUCUGGUGCUAUCAUGGGCUGUUUCCAUGAUGGUAUCUGCCAAUUCUCUUCCUCUGGUGCUGUCAUGGGUUGUUUCCAUGAUAGUAUCUGAUAAUUCUCUUCCUCUGGUGCUGUCAUGGGUUGUUUCCAUGAUAGUAUCUGAUAAUUCUCUUCCUCUGGUGCUGUCAUGGGUUGUUUCCAUGAUGGCAUCUGAAAAUUCUCUUCCUCUGGUGCUGUCAUGGGUUGUUUCCAUGAUAGUAUCUGAUAAUUCUCUUCCUCUGGUGCUAUCAUGGGUUGUUUCCAUGAUGGUAUCUGAUAAUUCUCUUCCUCUGGUGCUGUCAUGGACCGUUUCCAUGAUGGCAUCUGAAAAUUCUCUUCCUCUGGUGCUGUCAUGGGCUGUUUCCAUGAUGGUAUCUGAAAAUUCUCUUCCUCUGGUGCUGUCAUGGGUCAUUUCCAUGAUGGUAUCUGAUAAUUCUCUUCCUCUGGUGCUGUCAUGGACUGUUUCCAUGAUAGUAUCUGAUAAUUCUCUUCUUCUGGUGCUGUCAUGGGCUGUUUCCAUGAUGGUAUCUGAAAAUUCUCUUCCUCUGGUGCUGUCAUGGGUUGUUUCCAUGAUGGUAUCUGCUAAUUCUCUUCCUCUGGUGCUGUCAUGGGCUGUUUCCAUGAUGGCAUCUGAAAAUUCUCUUCCUCUGGUGCCUUCAUGGGCCGUUUCUGCCAAUUCUCUUCCUCUGGUGCUGUCAUGGGUUGUUUCCAUGAUGGCAUCUGAAAAUUCUCUUCCUCUGGUGCUGUCAUGGGUUGUUUCCAUGAUGGCAUCUGAAAAUUCUCCUCCUCUGGUGCUGUCAUGGGUUGUUUCCAUAAUAGUAUCUCAUAAUUCUCUUCCUCUGGUGCUGUCAUGGGUUGUUUCCAUAAUAGUAUCUCAUAAUUCUCUUCCUCUGGUGCUGUCAUGGGUUGUUUCCAUAAUAGUAUCUCACAAUUCUCUUCCUCUGGUGCUGUCAUGGGUUGUUUCCAUAAUAGUAUCUCACAAUUCUCUUCCUCUGGUGCUGUCAUGGGUUGUUUCCAUAAUAGUAUCUGCUAAUUCUCUUCCUCUGGUGCUGUCAUGGGUUGUUUCCAUAAUAGUAUCUCAUAAUUCUCUUCCUCUGGUGCUGUCAUGGGUUGUUUCCAUAAUAGUAUCUCAUAAUUCUCUUCCUCUGGUGCUGUCAUGGGUUGUUUCCAUAAUAGUAUCUCACAAUUCUCUUCCUCUGGUGCUGUCAUGGGUUGUUUCCAUAAUAGUAUCUCAUAAUUCUCUUCCUCUGGUGCUGUCAUGGGUUGUUUCCAUAAUAGUAUCUCAUAAUUCUCUUCCUCUGGUGCUGUCAUGGGUUGUUUCCAUAAUAGUAUCUCACAAUUCUCUUCCUCUGGUGCUGUCAUGGGUUGUUUCCAUAAUAGUAUCUCAUAAUUCUCUUCCUCUGGUGCUGUCAUGGGUUGUUUCCAUAAUAGUAUCUCACAAUUCUCUUCCUCUGGUGCUGUCAUGGGUUGUUUCCAUAAUAGUAUCUGCUAAUUCUCUUCCUCUGGUGCUGUCAUGGGUUGUUUCCAUAAUAGUAUCUCAUAAUUCUCUUCCUCUGGUGCUGUCAUGGGUUGUUUCCAUGAUAGUAUCUGCUAAUUCUCUUCCUCUGGUGCUGUCAUGGGCUGUUUCCAUGAUGGUAUCUAAUCUUUCGUCCUCUGGUAUCUUCAUGGGCAAUUUCCAUGAUGGUAUUUUAUGUUUUUUCAUCCUAGUUUGCCAGACUUGCGAGUAAUUACCCAAUAUUACAUUUUUAUGUACAGUAUAUAUAAUAUACAGUCUUAUAUUAGGAAAGUCGUUCUUUAAGAUCAAGCUUAAGGUAAAAAUGAUUUUUUUUUGUAAAGUACAGGUAUUUGUAAUGUACACAAUACUUAAAAUAUGGAACUUUAGCUUGAGUGCAGAUUUUAAUCCUUAAUAACCUACUAUAAACAUUGGCACAGUAUAAUGUCUUUGCUUUAGUUUGUAGAUACAAUUUUAUGUUGCUACCAAUAAAUUUCUUAGGAUCAAA